AUGUCGAUGAUGGGCGAGACCGACCCCAAGGCAGCAUUCCAAGUCAUUGUCUUGGGCCCAACUGGUGGACCCCGUGAAGAUAGUGUUACAGGCAUUCUUGUUCGGUCAACGUCGACGAAAUGGUCUUCAAACUCGGUGGUAGCUGUUGACGCAGGUACCCUUCUUGCCGGUAUCAUUCGAUUGCUGGAAGGAUACAUCCCCGAAUGCAAGGAUGAUCAGGGGAUAAUGACAAGUGGGCCCUUUCAGGGGCUUGAGCUGCCCUACAGAACCGCACAGGCAAACGCAGCUCAUGUAUUUCGCGAAAUCAUCGGUGCUGUUCUCAUCACGCAUCCUCAUCUAGACCAUAUUUCAGGGCUCGCUAUUAAUACACCAAUUCUGGAGGCCGGUAACGGACCAAAGCCUGUAGCUGCUUUACCGUCUGUGUUAUCUGCCAUCAAAAACCACAUGUUCAACGAUGUCAUUUGGCCUAACUUGUCGGACGAGGACGGCGGGGCUGGUCUGCUCACAUAUCAGCGCCUGGUGGAAGGUGGGAACCCUCGUUUCGGUCGUGGAGAGAGUAGAGGUCAUGGCCGGUGCAAGCAGCGAUACCAUCCAGAAAGCGGGACCCAUCAUCGAGUUGGAAGUACCGUCUUUUCUGAUCACCAAUUGAUGCUUCCCUCCAGGGCGAUUUCAGUGGACCAUACCGAUAGUUUUUAUUCUCCCGCUCGCUCCCCUCGUCUACUCCCAUCCAACAAAGAGCCAAUGAUGGCAACAGUCGAAAGCUCGGCCUUCUUCCUGCGCGAUCAUCACACCGGCUGCGAGAUCAUUGUCUUCGGUGACGUCGAGCCCGACUCGGUAUCUAUGGGAACCCACAACAAACGAGUUUGGGAAACCGCCGCAUCCAAAAUCGCUAUGGGCAAACUACGAGCGAUCUUCAUCGAGUGUUCCUACAAUGACAGCACCGAUGAUUCAUAUCUGUACGGCCACAUGUGUCCGCGACAUCUAGUCUCUGAGCUCAGUGUGCUAGCCAACAGAGUCGUGGAAGUGCGGGAUUCGAACACUGGCAUGAAAAAGCGCAAGCGCGAACCUGUAGGCCCGAGCAGCAGCGAGCAAGUGAGCCCUCGGAAUUUAAGUUCUGUCGAUAAAGACAGAACCUCCGAGUCGCUCAUCGAGCCUCCAUUACAUCCUAGCGAGUCAUUCGAGAUUCCCCAGAUCCCCAGAGUGGAUUUCGGAGAUAUUCUGGAAAAUCCAGACCCUGAGACUUGGGCUGAUACUACGCCACUUCCUCUAGAGGGAUUACGGGUCUACAUUAUUCACAUCAAGGAGAAUCUUACUGAUGGGCCUCAUCCUGGAGAACAGAUCCUGAAGGAGCUCCAGGAUCAUGGUGAAGCAGCCCAUCUAGGUUGUGAAUUCUUUAUCCCGAAUCCUCUUGAGGGAAUAUGGAUUUGA